CAUCAUAUUCUCUCUUAAUUCCAUGGCCAAAAUCAAAAGCUUAGAAUAUCCAAAACCCAAAACCUCUCUUUAUCUAUGUUGCUUCGGAUUAGUUCACCGUAAAACUACUCCAACAGAUCACUCAAUCAUCACAGGAUCUGAACAUAAGGGUCAAAGCAACAAUUGCUUUCCAUGGCAAAGGAUUAAACUUGGGGUCAAGAACUCAAUGGCCAAAACGGUGCCGCUUGAAGGCUCAAAGUUUGAUGAUAUAGAGAACCUCAAACUCAAACUCAAAGGCACAGUUAACAAAGUUCAUUCACCAAGGUGGAAGUGGAAGUGGAAGUCAAAGUCAAAGUCAGACUUUCUCAUCAAUACUCAAAGCAAUUCCACAUCCUCAAAUUCAAAGCAAAAUCGAGGAAACAUUGUAAAAUGUAACAAGCGUGAACAAAAUAUGUCAACUAUCACAAAAACAGCGUCUCUACCAACUUGUUCAAAACGACAAGAGCGGCAGUUGCUCUGGUCGACGCAUUAUGAAACGACAUGGAAACACGCAAAGCGCAAGCAGACUCAGAACGCAGAGAGACAUAAUCUUUUGACUGUGGCGUCGGUGGUUGUAAUAAUUUUGGUAUCAAUGAUGGUGUGGGGUCGUUUGUGGUCCAUUAUUUGCACCUCCAUCUGCUUCUAUCUCAUCCCCUGCUUCACUACGACACCACAAUACGACAAACAGAGUGAUUCAAACGACUUGGUUUUGGAUUUCAAGAGGAAACCCAUUCAAAGAUGUAGCACUUCACUUUAAAGGUAGAAUAGCUUAUUAAUAGUAAUCGCUAUUGAGAAA